UCACAGCACCGUGUGAUUAGAGACAUUUGUAGGGUCCCUUGGAACAGCGACUUGUGAUUGGACUGUGUCCAAUUGCCCCGUGUCCAACUGAUAUACACUCAUCCUGCCGCGCAUUGAACAUUUUCUAAAAACAGUUGUUCAUGUUAAUACACAUUGUAGAAUCAGAAUAUUACGAAAGAAGGUACUUUGCAUUCAAUUAUGAAUAUCAUUUAUCUUUUGCUUUUUGUUCUUAAACUGUUUUAAUGGUCUCUGCAGCGGCAAUGGUUCAUUUUCUUGCUCAGAUGUAGAGCUGUUGUCGUCUCCGAAGAACGCUCUCUUUGUAUACUUCUUUCGUUCACUUCUUGUUAUGCAUUUGAUCCCAUACUUUUUAAAGUUGGCGACAACUUCUGUCAUUUCUGUCCAAGCUGCACAUAACAUUUAUUACAUAGGAUCGUAGUGUAUACAACAAUGAUUAUCACUGUCCUUACAUUAAAAUAACAGAAUAAAAAAUAUUUACUUACUACCAUGUGCCAGAAUAACUGCAAUAGUAACCUCCUAGUCCGCUUUUUUAAACACUUUAUCCAUAGUUGCAGAAUGAAUCUUGAUAACACAGUUUUUCGGCCAUUUUAAUUGAAUUUGUGUUUCUUGAUCUAUGAUACCUUGCAAACCAUCAUCGUCAAGUUGAGAAAUUAUCCACUCUUUGUACGCAAUAGAUAUUUUAUUGUUCUCGUUAGGAAAGUCGCAAACAAUAUAUUUGUCGUUUGACAUGAUAUCCAUGUCAUCAAGUAAAUUUGUUUACUGUAUUUUCAAUAGACUGAUGCCCAAAAAGCUCAGACUACGACCUGCUACGAUAAAUCAAUUAGAAACACGCACAGUAAAUAUAAAAGAAUGCAGAAAACCGAGCACUAAAACGGAGCACAUAAAACACAAACAUGGUGACACGUGAGUUCGCAACGUUGGUAAAAAUAUGAAUAGUGCAGUGGAUAGAAACUGUGCAAGAGGCUCUUACAAGUCCUACUUGAGGAAUGAUCGUGAAGUGCCACAAUCAACACUCCGUUCUAGAGCAAUAGCAGUAGUCACUUCUAAUGUAGAUAACGCACAAUGCAGUCGACAAUUGCAAUUAAACGACGUGACAAUGGACAUGGAACAUGAAUAUCCAUACUCUAUUGAUGUACAACAACAGUCACGUUCAUGGAAUAUUCAUGGAAAUAGUGAAUAUAGUGACCGACUAUCUGUAUCAAAUAGAUCCAAUAGUGAUCAAUCCAUUCGUCCACCCAUUCUCGCACUUCUUCAACAUUUCGGAAGCGUGUACCACUCAAGCCGUGCUACUCGAGACUCACUUUAUGAAGGUUCUCGUAUAUCAAAAGAAGAAGGAUAUUUAUUACUCUUGCAUUUCACCAUUCGUCAUCAUUUAAGUGACGUAGCAUUAGAACAUCUUAUUGAGUUGAUAGAUUUGUUACUACCUAAUUCUGUAUUCAGAAGUCAGCAGGUCACAGUGGGAAGAGGAUCAACAAGAGUUUAUUCGGGAGAUGUAGGCAGUAGUAGAACACUACGUCAACAUGAACAAGAUUGUAAAAUAUGUAUGCAGGGUGGCAAGAUUGUGAGAGGUAUCAAAGGACCUUCUAUUCUUAUGCUGUUACCAGUAUUCAAUAUUGUCACUUCGUUCACGCCGGAUUAUCUUCAUAGUAUUUUAUUGGGAGUCGUGAAGACAUUCACUGAGGCAUGGUUUGAUUCUGCUUAUAAUGACCAUGGUAUCUUGGCACCAAGACGACUAUCUUUGAUAGAAAACUAUUAAAGAUAAAGCCGCCAUGUGAAAUAACGCGAACUCCACGGUCAAUUAAUGAAAGAAAAAUGUGGAAAGGUUCUGAAUGGAAACAUUUUCUUCUCUACUAUUUCAUGAUAUGUAUGCAAAAUGUAAUGCAGCAUAUCUUAAGCAUUGGUUUUAUCUAGUGUUCAGUAUGUAUAUAUUGUUGCAAGAAAAAAUAACAAACACAGAUUUUUCUUCAGCUGAAAUUGCUAUACAACGUUUUGUAUUUCAAAUUGAACAGUUAUACGGUAUACAAUUCUAUAAAUUUAAUGUACAUUUAAUGCUUCACAUACCUUCAUCCGUUAAAAAAUUUGGUGCUCUUUGGGCAACAUCCACGUUUCCGUUUGAACAUUACAAUGGAGUUUUAAGUAAAAUGUUCAAAAAUUCUCAAGCUGUACCAGAACAAAUAUGUAAAUCUUAUAUUAGAUUUAAAAAUGCUGAACAAUUAUCUGCAAUUGUUUUUUCACGCAUAGACUGUUCCGAAGAUGCAAGAACACUGUACAACAAAAUAAGUGGAGUGUAUCGGGGUGUAUAUCAGUUGGACACGGGGCAAUUGGACACAGUCCAAUCACAUGUCGCUGUUCCAAGGGACCCUACAAAUGUCUCUAAUAUACGGUGCUGUGAUUGGCUGUGUCCAAAUGCACCGUGUCCAAGUGCACUGCUCCCAGUGUAUCGACCUCAACAAUGUAUCACAUACGGAAACUUUUACGAUUAUUCGGAACACCAAAAAUGAUUAAACUAUCUUUGUUUGAAAAAACAAUAGUAGAAGCUUUUUUAGGCGAACAUAUUUUAGAUUCUGCUGAUAGCUUUAAACGAUUUAUCAUAAAUAAAAUUUUGUGGCAUACGGAUAUAUGUAAAACAUUGAAAAAGCGUGAUAAUUGUACGGCUGAAUUGCAUAAUGGUUCUUUUAUCAUCAUACAUGCGAUGUUAGAUGUUCGUACAUAAUCCAAUGCACAAUUGAAAUAUGUCGUCAUUGGAAGACUUUUAGACAGGACUAACACAGAAUUGUGCAUUACUUCAGAUUCUACUAUAUCAUCGAGAAACCAAAUUUUUGUAUGUUCCAUAACUAAUACAAUUAUCGCGAUCUGUCCUACUUCAUUGCGUAGAAAAUGUAUCAGAAUGCAGUCUUAUGUAGGACAUGAUGACUUCAUUAUUACGCGCCUUGUCAACAACAUCGAGAUAGACUAAUAAAGAAUUAAGUUUAAUGAAGCAUACACUUAUGUAAUUGUGCCACAUUAUAAGUGUAAUUGUCAUAGAAAAUAAAUGUUUGUACAGCAAAAAUUAUAUGUAAUAAUCUGAAAAAUGUAUUCUCGAUAGUAAUAAUUAAUUAUCUUUCAUAGUUUUUCUAUAAUAACUAUAAGGUAUACAUGUUUGUACAUAUCAGCGCAUCAAGUGCCACUUCCCAGACAGCACAAAAUCUAAAAUCGGGACAUAAGACGUCUUAAAGAUGUCUUAAGGAUGUCUAAUGGCCAUUCUACAAUAAGCAAUAAGUUUUAAGUCGUAAUAAAAUUGAUCAGUUACAGUGGAUUAUUCUUCUAAUAGUCGACUAUAAUUGGUUAAUUUUAUUAGGACUUAUGACUAAAAGCUUAUUGUAGAAUGACCAUAAUAGACGUCUUUCGUGCAGACAUCUUAAAGACAACUAAAGCCCGUAUUUAUAGUCAGAUCUUAUAUUUAAGACCGUCUUAAGUUCAUCUUCAGAUGUACGGAUUAUUUCAUUGGCUAUGGAGUAUCUGAAGAUAAACUUAAGAUAUAAGAC